UGCAGCUGAGCCUUGAGCGGGCACGGAUCCCUCCGGGCAGCCUGGAGCCAGCCCCCCACAGCCCCGGGACACAGGGAAUCAGCCCCGCUGCUGGAAUAGAGGGAGCAGAGCAGAGCGUUUCCAGGCGCGGAUCCCGUCCCUGCUGCGCUGAAUCUCCUCCGCAGAUGCUCAGGGGAGCGGUGCUGCCUUCCGGAGACUGAGGAGGGGGGUGAGGAUCUGCAGAGAGCACAAGAGCACACAGCAAACUCCACGCUUCCCCUCACAGCAAGCCAGGAGCUGAUGUAAAUGAGCUUUAAUUCACAGCCCAGGACCUUUACUGAUGGGUGCUCCACGUGUGGAAAGCUCUGAGUGACAGCCUGAGGAUGGGCAGGGAUGGGUACCUCAAGCAGAACUGCUGAGCAGACACAGCAACCUCCACCCUGCCAGGUUUCCAAGCCAGUUUUAAGGCAGAAUCAGGACUGACACCAGGCAAUUAAAAGCAUCAGUGAUUUCCUCUCAGGAGAAGCUAAAUUGGAGACCUUUUGGAAUAUUUCCUUUCCUUGAACACAGAACCUUCCCCAAAAGACAGAAAUGACUUUAACCUGCAGCUCCGGUAUUUCUCACCACAUAACCCUGGAAAGUGGGAUAAACAGCCUCAGGUUUGUGUGUCCCACUUGUGCACCCCAAGGAAAAUGCAGAAGGAGUUAAACUUGACUUGGAACUGCAAGGCCAGGCAGAUGUUGCCAAUCAGACCUUCCAAGAACUGAUCUUGUCACUGCUCCUGCCUGGGAAGGGAGUGAAGUUCAGCAGCCUCACAUGGACAUUACCAGCCAUGGCUUUCCUCCCUGAAAACUCCUCUGAGUGCUCCAACUGCACCCACUUUGUGGAGCCUGUGAACAUUUCCAAGGCCAUCUUACUGGGUAUCAUUCUAGGGGGGUUGAUUGUUUUUGGGGUUUUGGGUAAUAUCCUGGUUAUCCUGUCCGUAGCCUGCCACAGACACCUGCAGAGCGUCACCCACUAUUACAUCAUCAACCUGGCCGUAGCUGACCUCCUCCUGACUUCCACCGUCCUGCCCUUCUCAGCCACCAUGGAGAUUUUGGGCUACUGGGUGUUCGGGAGGAUCUUCUGCAACAUCUGGGCAGCUGUGGACGUGCUGUGCUGCACUGCUUCCAUCAUGAGCCUGUGCAUCAUCUCCAUCGACCGCUACAUCGGGGUGAGCUACCCCCUGAGGUACCCCAGCAUCGUGACAGAGAGGAGGGGGCUGCUGGCCCUGCUGUGCGUCUGGGCACUGUCCCUGGUCAUCUCCAUCGGGCCCCUCUUUGGCUGGAAGGAGCCAGCUCCAGAGGAUGAGACAAUCUGCCAGAUCACCGAGGAGCCCGGCUACGUCCUGUUCUCAGCACUGGGCUCCUUCUACCUGCCCCUGACCAUCAUCCUGGUGAUGUACUGCCGGGUCUACGUGGUGGCCAAGAGGGAGAACCAAGGGCUGAGCUCGGGGCUGAAGACAGAGAAAUCCCACUCCGAGGAGGUGACCCUGCGCAUCCACCGCAGGAACGCCGCCGGCGCCAGCCCCAAGAGCAAGCACCACUUCUCCGUGCGCCUGCUCAAGUUCUCCAGGGAGAAGAAAGCUGCCAAGACCCUGGGGAUCGUUGUGGGCUGCUUCGUUCUCUGCUGGCUCCCGUUUUUUGUAGUGAUGCCUCUUGGUUCUUUCUUUCCUGCAAUCAAACCCCCGGACACACUUUUUAAAAUAACAUUUUGGCUGGGAUAUUUAAACAGCUGCAUCAACCCCAUCAUCUAUCCAUGCUCAAGUCAAGAGUUCAAGAAAGCGUUCCAGAACGUCCUGAAAGCUCAGUGCCUCCUGAGGAAACAGCCAGCAAAGAAGCAAACCCCCAGCUUCAACCUCAACCAUCCUGCUGGCCAGAGCGUGGAGAGGGGCAGAGGGGUGGUCAGGAUCCCUGUGGGAUCAGGAGAAACCUUCUACAGGAUUUCCAAGGCGGAUGGGGUCUGCGAGUGGAAGAUCUUCGCCGCCGCGCCCGCCAAGAGCGCCGCUCCCAAAAACUGCACGGCUGCCAAAGCCAAGAGCAAGGGCUUCCUGCAGGAAUGCUGCUGUGCAGGCACUGCAGGCAGCCUCGUGCACGAGAGCUGCAAAGUGCCGAGCAUCAAAAUCCACUCCAUCUCCCUGAGCGAGGGCGGGGAGGAUGUGUGAGCUGGGAGCGCGGGGAUGUGGCUGGUUUUAUGGGGAGGCAGCAGGAGGUGUGGUUGGAAGGAUCAAGGUAUGAACAGGUGAAACAGGGCCAAAUCUUUCCAGGAGGGAUGUCUGUGAGGGCCAGGAGCAGGAAUGGAGCCCCUCAAAGACAGUGCAUGGCUGCAGUGGAUGGGAUUCUGAGGGUCCAGCACCUGCCAGGCGCUGCCUUGGCAUUUAAAGGGCGUUUAUCCCUCUGUUCUCCUCUUUCAAAGUUUCCACUGCCCUCAUUUCGGGGCAGUGGAGGAGAAAGAGAGAACCACAAAGACCCUGUGCUUGUUUCAGCCCCGACACUCUCUGACAGCUCCACCUUCAGAGCCAUUCUGUGAUUCCACCCCUCCCCAUAAAACCAAACCUCAGCUGUGGAUUUCAGUCAACUCCAUUGCCAAGGAAAACUUGAUCCAAGUGACCGCACUCCGUCGAGCUUCAGACACCAAGGAGAA